AUGGAUCCCUCAACCUACGUGGAUCCCCAGCUCACCACCGCGGAUCGCCUGGUGAUUGAUGCAGUCAUCGACGACCCGGCUGCAAAGGGCGAGACCACCACCUCCACAGAGCCGCGGCUGACGCUCGGGGAGACCAUUGAGAAGCUCCAGGGCAUGAACGAUGCCUCGCAUCCGGCCUUUGACCCGACUGUCUUCCAACUCUGGGACACGCCCGACCUGGCCAAGCUGCCGGCGCCCAUCCAGCAAUAUGUCCUGCAGCCGUACAUCAACUGGGCCCAAGGCGUUGUUCGGUAUCGGACGGACGUGGUCAUGUUGACCCAUCUGAUCCUGUAUUUCACCACGCUUGUUCCGAGUGCCUUCUAUCUCUACUACCAUUUCACCUGGAUCCAUGGCAUCCUGCACUGGGCCAUGCAACUCCUCUGUUGCGGCGCCUUCACCCUAAUGAAGCAUCAGCAUAUCCACAUGAAUGGAGUCCUCGCGCCCAAGUACUGGCUGUUCGACACUCUCUUCCCCUAUCUGCUGGACCCGAUGCUGGGCCAUACAUGGAACUCCUACUUCUAUCACCACAUCAAGCACCACCACGUCGAAGGCAACGGUGCAAACGAUCUCAGCACGACAAUGUUCUACGACCGCGACAGCGCUUUCGACUUCGCCUGCUACGUCGGCCGCUUCUUCUUCUUCGUCUGGCUCGAGCUUCCUCUCUACUUCUGGCGAAAAGGACAGGCCAAGUAUGCUGCCAGAGCGGCCUUCUGGGAACUCAGCAACUACGCCACCAUCUACCUGUUGUACAACUACGUCAACGCCCGCGCCACCCUCUUCGUACUGAUCCUCCCGCUCACGGUAAUGCGGUGCGGACUGAUGGUCGGAAACUGGGGACAGCACGCCUUUGUGGAUCAAGCGGAUCCCGACUCGGAUUACCUCUCCAGCAUCACUCUGAUCGAUGUUCCGAGCAACCGCUUCUCAUUCAACGACGGAUAUCAUACAUCCCACCACCUGAAUCCCCGCCGCCACUGGCGCGACCACCCGGUGGCAUUCAUCAAGCAAAAGGAGCAGUACGCAAAGGAGCGAGCGCUCGUCUUCCGAAAUGUGGAUUAUAUCUUCAUCACUGUCAACCUGCUCCGUAAGAACUAUCUCCAUCUGGCAAAGUGUCUUAUCCCCAUCGGCGACCAGGUCAAUAUGACUCUGGAAGAGCGUGCAGAGAUGUUGCGCAGUCGGACGCGUCGGUUCUCGCGUCCCGAGGAGAAGAAGACGCGCUGA